GGAGUUCAGUUAGAAACAGGAAGCUCUUUCUGCUCUCCCCCUUCACAGUUCUGUUACGGGUAACCUGUCUGUAAGUGGAGCAGUCAGUGAGAUGGUGGUGGCCUGAAGGGGCUUUACUAAAGGCAUGAUAGCCAUCUUCAGCCUACAAGGAGCUGUCUUGGCCAUUGUGUCUGCGGCAUCUCUCAGUGUCUUCUCUGCUUUCUGUCUGUGGUGCAGGAGGAAAACCAAAAUAAUACAUGAAGAGAAUCAAAUUUAUGACCCUCAAAUAUUCCAACGCGAAGGAAGCAGAUUUGCAGUAAUGCGAUCUAAAACAGUCACACGACCCAACCAGAUUAUAAGAGAGCUGCCUCCAACACCAGCGGAACAAACACCACAAGUUGUGAAUGAGGAGCAAGCGAAGUAUCAAAAUGUUGCAACAGCUCAGAUGGGAAGCGUUGAACCAACAUAUGUAGAUCCAAUCCCAGUGUUAGUGUACCAGAAUGUUAAUGAGGGUGCUAAUGCAGACACUAGAGAAUCAGAAACGGAUGGUGAUCAAUAUGAGAAUGUUUUUCCAUCUAUUGAUACAAUCAGCUGGGGCUCUGAUGGCUCAGAUUACGAGAACUCUGAAUUCCUGGAGCAAAUGAAGAUGGGGUUAGAACCGUUAGAGGAUGAUGAACCGGAUUACGUGAACGACACUGACUGAUAUGGAAUCUACAUGCUCUACGAGUGGAUAUCUAUGGAAAUUGACUUUUCUCUCUUUGUUGAGCUGCUUGAAUAAAUAUUAAGUUAUGAUACGUAUGUCAAUGUGCUAUACCAGAGCAAUGCCAUUUUAGGGUUAAUGCCCAAAGUUGUACUACUUCAUCAGGAAUUCCCUUGAGUCAAAAAAAUGUGAGGAACCAUGUGCAGCAGGGAUGGGCAACUGGCAGCCCAUGGAUCAAUUUCCAAAACUCAGUCAGGGUCUCAGUUUACUGUUGAGAGAGAAUAGUAGAAUACACAAGGUGCACUUUUGAAAUGUGCAGUUGUGCAUCAGCAGUUAUGUCAGCCACUCAAUUAGCCCAUGCCAGCAAAAUUAUUUUAGAUUGGUAAAUUAGACUAGUGGCCAGCUAUCUAAACUUGUAAUCAUGUUCAAAUUAUGGGGCCACCAUUGAUCAUCAAAGAUCAUAUUAACUGCUGUUUGUCUCUACCCUAUGGUACAAUGUGUAUAAUUACAGAAAAUCCACUUAACUGCUGCUACUUUCCCCCCUGUUCGAACUGCAUGUAUGGAUGUGGGUAUGCAGACCCGCAAACCACUGUGGCCCCUCAUGAGGAGUUCUGAUUUGUGGCACCCACCCCAUCAAUGUUGCCCAUCCCUGAUGUUCAGUAUGUUUGAUUGUUUGAGUGUUACUGUGUAACUGUCACCAUCUAGUGGUACAAAAUGAAUACGAGUCAGCUCCAAAUGUAAAAGAAAAAGAAAAAAGAUUGUCAAUGUGUAUUAAUAAAUAAAUCCUUACUACAAAACCUUUAAAUGUACAACCUCUUUAUAGACCAAUGUGUUCUGUCAAGUCAUAAAAAAACAUUGAUUUAUUACAGAAGUGAUAUUCAAUAGUAUUUACAUUAACAUGCUUGUAUAAAAUACAAAAUGUAUUUAACCCAAAAAUGUUACAACAUUAAACAACUCCCCAGGA